AUGCGUCCAAAGGGAAUGUCGACUCGCAUCAAGCCUAUCCGGCUGCAGACUGUCGACACUUUAAGGAUCCGAAGGCCAGGGAAGAUUGAGCCUGAUCCAUGCCAGACUGCCUUGAGCUCCGUUUUGAAUUGUUGGGCGUCCUCGGGCUACGGUAUCGGAGGAUGCCAUGCGCUAGAACAGCAGCUUAGGCAUUGCGCAGACACGACGAAAUACCAAAAACCGCCAAAGAGCUUGGUCAAUUUCCAUAUUUCACGCAUGUUCAAGAAGAUGAUCUCGCCACGAAAGAAGAAAUAA